AUGCCUGAUAGUGAGGAGAGUCGGAGUAUACUGCGCAGAUGGGCCCACCGUAUACUCGCCAUAUUACCAUCUGGGGUGAAGUGGAAUGAUCUCCCGGCCAAGACGCGGCGACUCAUCCUUCUCGCUGUAGCACUUGGUGCGGUUGCCAUCGUCACGAGAGCUCGAAGGCGCCGACUGGGGAUCUCCAAUGCCGCAGCCAAGCCUGAGAACAUCAGCUUAUCCGCAUUCCUCAAGGCCUGCGAGGACGGCCUUGUAGCUUCGGUGAAGGUCUCUCCAGGAGGCAUCAUACAAUCCAUCGGCUCUAGCGGGGUUGUUCAGUUGACUCGGCUGGUGCCGGGCUCACAAAGCCACGUUUUCAGGACCAUCGCUACCUACUGCAAAGACUACAGCUACUUCGUCCCUUCUGCUACUGGGCAGUCUAUUUUCUUCCGAGCAUUGCAACAAAUAGGUAUACCAUUGGCCCUGGUGUACCUCUGGUACCGACUUCUUAUGAAAAUUCUCCACAAGGACGAGUCGCAUGAUUUUGGUGGGGAUCGACGGUCCCGAAUACCGAAGACUACUUUCAAUGAUGUCGUCAGUCCUACAGCGUCAACAGAAUUGAGGGAAGUUGUCGAGUACUUGAACAAUCCCCGAGCUUUCUCUCGUCACGGUGCACGCCCCAUCAAAGGCGUUCUCCUCUACGGCCCCAGUGGUACAGGAAAGACCCUACUAGCCAGGGCAGUGGCCGGAACAGCUCACGCUGCAUUUCUCUCAACUAGUGGGAGUGAAUUCAUAGACACCUACGUCGGUCGGGGUAGUGCACGAGUCCGGGCUCUCUUCAAUCAAGCUAGGGCGUUGGCGCCUUGUGUGGUGUUCAUCGAUGAGAUUGAUGCACUUGGUGCUCGCGGUGCUGGUGACUCCCGUUCUGGUGGUGGUCAUGAGGAGUAUGUACAGACGUUGAACCAAUUGCUUGUUGAACUGGAUGGUGUUUGCAAUCAUGAUGGAGUGGUGGUAUUAGCAGCGAGUAAUCGGCAUGCAGCGAUCGAUCGAGCUCUACUCAGGCCUGGCCGCUUCGACAGACAUGUAUUUUUGAACUUGCCGACCCCGGCUGAGCGAUGGGAAAUAAUUCGAAUACACUCGCGUGAAGUUCGAUUCGAGCAGAACGUGGACAUCCGAGUCCUCGCACAGGCCACGGAGGGCUUCACCGGAGCUGACUUGGCUAACCUAGUCAAUGAGUCGAUAUACCUUUCACUGAGGACCGGCGGCAAUGGUCUCGUACGGGAAUGUGAUCUGCGCUCGGCCUUGACGAAGUGCAAACGACUCGUUCAAGACCGAGAAGAACGUCCGUCGGGUAACACAAUGGUGAAUUGA